AUGGCUGGCGGUACGAAGAAGAAAAAGAAACCCGCUGCCAACCCAGCUCGGGGUUUCGCUACCACUUCGGUCGCUUCCAAGCCCAGGCCAGAAGUUACCGAGCCCGAAUCAAAGCCUGCAGUCGCCAAAAGCCAAGAUGCCCCUCCAUCGACGCAGAAAGAUGCCCCUCCAUCCUCGUCAACAGCUGGCAAUGCGACUGCCGCCGCCAACAGUCAAGAGGCGGCUCUGAGUCCCGAAGAAUUCGAAAAACACUUGGAAGAAUCUGAAUUACAAAUUCUUGUCGAAAAACAUGCCACGAAAACGAAGAAGGAUGCCUUGCGUCAACGGAACCGGCUCGAUACCGAUCGUCGUCUUUUUCGCAGCCAAGCCGACUCUAUCAAUAGCUUCAAAUGGUUACCUCAGGACUUGAUGAAUCACAUACUUGAUUUAAUCCAAGCUGAAAAUCGUUUCACAGCUUCGAGUUUGUCUUCGUCAGACAGCACUAGUGCUGGUAAGAUGCUACCUGAGGAAGAAAUGAUCAUUCGCCUCUGGACCUUACAACAAACCUUGACUGCGGCUGAGUUUCCUACCGAGCGUGUCGCCGCCGUCAUACGCUAUAUUCUGGAUAUAGCCCCCAAUGUUUCAACUACAAGCAGAGAAUCAAUCUGGGGACUCGAAGAAGCACUCGACUGGCUGGCCCGAGAAUGCAGAACUGAUGAACUACCCAACUACGAACCUAAAUCAAAGCCGAUACUCAAAAGCACUACUGACACUCCGCAGGAUAGUCCAGUACCAAGUCGCUCAAGUACCCCUCGCCAUGCAGAUCCGCGAAACGGCCGCAAGAACAAAUCUUCUGGGGUCAAAGGCCGGCCAGUCAAAAACUCACCCGAUAAAAAGAUGGUGGUAGCUUGUGAUAGUGAUAUAGAACCCGACGAGCUUGUUUCGAAAUACUUGGAGAGCAGAGCAAAACUGUUAGAGUAUGAGCGUGGACGACCCGAGAACUUGCUAAUCAGCGAACAUGACGAGCAGCUUGCUAUUGCCAAGCUUGAGGCCAAAAUUAGAAAGAUCGAGUCGGAUGUGCUCUUCGACAAGUAUGAGGCAGAUCAGCAAUGGAAGGUCCAGAGAGUUGAUCUAGAGAGACAGCUAGCUGCUGCAAAACACGACAGGCAAGAUCAGGCCGGGGAGAACUUGGUCGUGGAAAGAGAGCCCGCAUCUGAAAAGACUGAUGUUGGUGACAUCAGCAACGAAGCUGAACGCAUCGCUGCUGAGAUAUUGGCUGAAGUCAGCGAUGAAGAUGAUGAUAUUGGAGGGCUGUUCGCAUCCCUGCCACAGAAUGAAGUCGACGCAAGUACAGGUGAAAGCCGUACUGUUGUUAAUUCAACCGACGGGAAUCAAGUCGUGAUUCGUGAUUUUGGCAAAUCGACCGGUGUCAGUCCUCGGCGAGCUCUCGAGGAAGCAUGCCGCUCAAGGGAUUCAAUGGCGAAAAUAACAUAUACUAUCGUGUCAGACGCAUCGUUCGCGAACCGCCAUUCUGUGGACAUUAUUUGGACAAAACCUCAAGACUUACCACCACCAGCGGCUUCAUCGGAAGUUGAAGUCGUGGCGGACCAUUUUCGAUUCACAUUCACCAUGACCAGCAUAGCCACACCGGAUUCGAAGCAGUCAGAAUCCUAUAUCUCUACCGCAGCUUUAUUCUAUACAUUUAGUGGUAACACUAAGGACGAAAAGGUCGCUAUUAGACUUCACCAUGUGUGGAAAGAUGUUUGGGCGGAGCUUUCCGAAGCUAGGAAAGCACAAAUUGACGAACAAGAUAGAGAAGUAAUGAGGGACUUAAGAUCCCUAGUUCGUGAACGCCACGACCAGGAGCUCGAAGACGGCGUCAUAAUUCAAGGGGCAUUCCGAGGACGGGGCAGCAAACAUGCCACCGAGUCAGGCGAUGAUGGCAGUCACGAUCGCUCAAGGCAGAAUACUACAAAUGGCGAGUAUUAUCAGAAGAUUUGGGCAGACAAAUCUAGCACCCGCAAAUUCCAAACGAUGCUGCAAUCCCGAAUGCAAUUGCCCAUGUGGCACUUUAGAGAGCAAGUAUUAGAAGCUGUCGAUGGAAAUCAGGUUGUCAUUGUCUGUGGUGAGACUGGAUGUGGCAAGAGCACUCAAGUCCCUUCUUUCCUGCUAGAGCAUCAGCUCUCUCAAGGAAGACCUUGCAAGGUUUACUGCACAGAACCUCGGCGAAUCUCUGCCAUUUCUCUUGCUCGACGUGUCAGCGAGGAGCUCGGUGAGAACAAAAAUGAUCUUGGGACUAACAGGUCACUCGUGGGCUACUCUAUUCGAUUAGAAGCCAACACCUCAAGAGAGACAAGACUGGUGUAUGCUACUACCGGUAUUGUCAUGCGGAUGCUCGAAGGGUCCAAUGAUCUCCAAGAGGUGACACAUUUGGUACUUGACGAAGUGCAUGAACGGACAAUUGACAGUGACUUUCUUCUCAUUGUUCUGAAAAAGCUACUUGUCAGACGUAAAGACUUGAAAGUCGUUCUCAUGUCUGCCACAGUCGAUGCAGAUCGUUUCUCCGCUUACCUUGGUGGUGCACCAGUCCUCAACGUUCCUGGACGGACUUUUCCUGUCCAAGUUCGAUACCUCGAGGAUGCCAUCGAGCUUACUGGAUAUGCGCCUGCAGACUCCGAGCCUGAUAAAAUGUUGGACCUGGAUGACGACCCUGCUGAAAGUGAGGGAGAGAACACAAAGAGCGACAUCUCCAAGAGCCUUGCAAGUUAUUCAUCAAGGACUAAAUCAACUCUGACUCAGAUUGAUGAAUAUCGGAUUGAGUUUGAUCUGAUUCUCCAACUCAUAGCUCAAAUCGCCAUCAACGACCAACUCCAAGACUUCAGCAAAGCCAUUCUUGUCUUCCUGCCAGGUAUUGCUGAAAUCCGCACGCUGAACGACAUGCUUCUUGGAGACCCAAGGUUUGCUAAGGACUGGCUUGUUUAUCCUUUGCAUUCUACAAUCGCAACAGAGGAUCAGGAGUCAGCAUUCCUUGUCCCGCCACCAGGAAUCCGCAAGAUUGUCCUCGCUACCAACAUCGCCGAGACUGGAAUUACUAUUCCUGAUGUCACUUGUGUCAUCGACACUGGCAAGCAUCGGGAGAUGCGAUUUGAUGAGAGACGACAGCUUUCGAGACUGAUCGAUACAUUUAUCUCUCGAGCGAACGCAAAGCAAAGGCGAGGUCGCGCCGGUCGUGUACAAGAGGGUCUAUGCUUUCACAUGUUCACCAAGUUCCGCCAUGAUCAGCUCAUGAGCGAUCAACAGACGCCUGAGAUGCUCCGUCUCUCGCUACAAGAUUUGGCCAUUCGUGUCAAAAUUUGCAAAAUUGGAGGGAUUGAGGAGACCUUGGGCGACGCACUCGAUCCACCCUCGGCCAAGAACAUUCGUCGAGCGGUUGACGCGCUUGUGGACGUUCGCGCCCUUACUCAGACCGAGGAACUGACACCACUUGGACAUCAACUGGCCAGGCUGCCACUGGACGUAUUUCUGGGCAAGCUGAUCUUGUACGGUGUGAUUUUCAAAUGUCUGGACAUGGCCAUUACCACUGCUGCCAUUCUAUCUUCCAAGUCGCCCUUCUCUGCACCCUUUGGUCAGCGUACCCAAGCAGAUAAUGCCCGUAUGGCUUUUCGCCGCGGGGACUCCGAUCUCCUUACUAUAUAUAACGCUUACCUGGCAUGGAAGAGGGUAUGUCAGUCUGCAGGUGGUGGCGGGAAGGAAUUCCAAUUUUGCCGCAAGAAUUUCUUGAGUCAGCAAACUCUUGCCAACAUCGAGGAUCUCAAGGGACAGCUCCUCACUUCUUUAGCAGAUUCUGGAUUCCUUUCUCUGACUGAAGAAGAGAGGCGAGCGCUAUCCCGUGCCCGAUUUUCUGGUGGACGAGGAAGAAGGCAGCAGCAGUUCUAUGACAUCCCUCGAAGGGUCAACCUCAACAGUGACAACGAUGUUGUUUCCGCAUCAGUUAUAGCUUGGAGCUUCUAUCCUAAGAUCCUAGUGAGAGAUGCACCAGGAUCAAAGGGCCUAAGGAAUAUUGGCACAAACCAAUCGAUUAGCCUCCAUCCGUCAUCCGUCAAUCGAGGUCGUCUUGAUCUUCGUUGGCUGUCGUACUAUCAUAUCAUGCAAUCCAGAGCAGUAUAUCACGCCCACGAGGCUACAGCCGUGGAAGCAUUUCCCAUCGCUCUUUUGUGCGGCGAUGUUAGAUGUGAUAUGUAUUCUGGAGUAAUUAUUCUGGAUGGAAACCGAGGACGUUUUGUAGUCCCCGAUUGGAAGACGAUGUUGGUCAUGAAAGUUCUCCGAACACGUCUCCGCGAACUGUUGACACGGUCUUUCAAACAACCAGGCAAGCUGCCUACCGCUCAACAAGAGAAGUGGCUUGAUGUUUGGCAGAGGAUCUUCACACAAGAUUUUGGACAAGAUAGAUCCACUACGGGGAUGACGAUCAAGGCAUGA